GAGAGCGCGCUGGUUUGGCGUCCUCUUAACGCCUUCUCAGGCCCACAACCGACAAUCCAUCUUUGUCUUUGAACCUUCCAACGAACUGACCCAGACCGUGAUACCAAGACGAAGCGGCGCUCCCCAGGCAUCAGCAUGGAGCUGACAUCGCCGCUGACAACCCUAGGCAGCAUAUCUACGCCGGAAUCUUUUUUCACAGCGCGCAACUCGCCAUCCAAUGCCGCCGACGAGACCGUCCUCAGCAGCCCCGUCGAUGACCCGCCGCAACAGGAGCAGGCCUACCGCGACGCAGUCCAACUGCCCCGCGAGCUCAGGCAACACUGCCAAAUCCACUUGGAAGAACAGCUAUGUGCGCCAUGAUUUGCCCUCCUGCUUCAAUGACUUUCUUUUCCUCCUUGGUCAUUGUCC